AUGGCCGCCGCGGCUCAGCCGGAGGCCCAGCAAGCCGGCUUCUCCGCUACAAAGCUGGCGGGCUAUGUGGGGCUCAUCAUCACCUUCCUCUUUCUCAAUUCCUCGCUAAACCUCCUGAACAAGUGGGCUCUGGGGUUUGCCGGGUUCCGCUUCCCUUUUCUCCUCACGUCAUCCCACAUGGCCUUCAGCUUCACGGUGCUUGCGCCAGUGGCCCUGGCGCAGCCCUGGUCCGUGCACCAGGCCACGCUGCAGAAGCAGUGGCGCGGUAUCCUGUGUAUUGGCGCCUUCAUGGCCCUGAACAUCGCGCUCAACAACAUCAGCCUGCUCGACAUCUCGCUGUCCCUCAACCAAAUCAUCAGGUCGGCCAUCCCCGUGGUGGCCUGCGUCCUGGCCAUCCUUGUGGAAUCCAAGUAUCCCACGCGGCAAGAAGCGGUGUCACUGGUGGUGCUCAGCCUGGGCGUCAUGCUGGCGGUCUGGCAGGGCACGGUGACUGGCGAGCCUGAAAAGCUGGAUGUGGUGCGGCUGACCUUUUAUGUGGCACCCGUCAGUUUGGUUUUCCUGGCCCCGUUCUUCUGGGUGUUUGAGGAGUUCAAGAUCAUCUGCCUGCUGGUGCUGUCCGCCAUGCUGCUGGGCGAGAGCGACAUGUUCACCCCCAAGAUGGUCACCGGCUGCGUUCUGGCCAUCGUCGGAUUUGGAGCAUACAGCCACUGCAAAUUGCACGCUAUCAAAGCGAGGGCAGCCUCGCAGCCAACUGGUGGCGGCACUGACGAGACGCAGCCUCUAAACAUGGCGCAGGCCCGCGGCUUGGCGAUCAUGGCCUCCGUGGCGGAGGUCUCCCUGCAGCGCAGCGGCCCUCUGGCGCUCUUCCAGCAGUGCAGGUCGCUGAGUUUUUCAGAACCUAUGCUGGUCCAUGACAACAGGCAUCAUGGAUCAGGAGUCCCAGAGUACUGGGGACGCGACUCCCCAUACCAUGGCGGCACCGAGUUUCUAGGCACGCCGCCCAACCACCUUGAGCUUGUCGCCAAGCGCCCUGUGUCACCGCACGUGUUUGAGAUUGAUGGCCGACAGCCGCACUACAAGUUCCCCCUGGGCGCCAUCUCCUCUAUCACCAACCGCGCCACCGGCUGCAUGCUUUCCGUUGGCACUGGCGCUGCUGCCUACAUCGCACUGACGGGCGACCUGGGCGCUGCCAUUGCCGCAUUCAAGGAUGCCGCGCCCCUGCUAGUCUUCCCUGCCAAGGCCGCCGUGGCCUUCCCGCUGGUGUAUCACUACCUGGCUGGUGUGCGCCACCUCUACUGGGACCAUGCCAAGUAUGGCAACCAGGCAGACAAGGACUCUCCGCUGGAGGUCCCCGCAGUCGAGGCCAGCAGCAAGCUGCUGCUGGGCGGCAGCGCGGCAGCAACCGUGCUGGCGGCUGUGUACACAAUCUGA